CAUUUUUAUCAUAUUUUCAUAUAUAGUUUAAAAUUUAAGAAAAUGAACUAUAACCUUAAUGUUAAUAUCAUAAAGCUUUGGCCUGGUGAAACAAAUUACAAAGAACAUGCCGAAAAAACAUAUAAUAGAGAAUGGUUCAUGUUGUAUAAAAAUGAAGUUCUGGGAACUAAUUUUACAUUGAAUGACAUCUUAUUAUACAGAUCUAUUUCACCAAAAGUGGUCAUGUUUAUAUUCAAAGUUGCGGAACUCUGUGGUGUAAAUGACAGUGUAAAAUAUAAGUGUGUUGAAUUAUUUGAUCGGUUCUUAAAUAAAUAUUUUUUACAAAAAUACUACAAAGUUUAUAAACAUUACAAUAAGAAGUGGCUAAAAGUUUUAGAUUCUUGUCAAAAACAAUCAUGCCUUUAUAUUAUGUCAUGUAUGCAGUUGGUAACAAAAUAUUCACAACAAUCUACUUGCCUAAGAAAAUUAAAGAAAAUCAAAAAUAUUUUGAACCGAUGUGGACACAAUUACACAAUAAAAAGUAUUAUUUGUUCUGAAUUUAAUGUAUUUAAUACAAUUGAUUAUAAAUUAAAUGAGCCAACAAUAUUUUUGUUUGUGGAGUAUUUCAUUUACUUCAUUGAUUAUGAAAACAAAACUGAUUUACUGUCAAUGUGUACAAUGUUAACAGACUUUGUUUACAUACAUUUUAAUGAGAUUUAUGAUCACCUGCAGUACAAAAAAAUAGGACAGAGGCAAUACUCUUACAGUGAAAAAAUGCAGUUUUUAUUUGCUGAGUAUGGAAAAAUAAGUACAGCAGCUGCAAUAAUUAUAACAGCAACCUACUUUUUGGAUUUUAACGAUGAAAAAAUUGAGUUAAUAACUGAAUAUCUAUCCGAAGAAUGUCAAAUGUCUCCUUAUGAUUUGCGUUUAAUAUCUUCUGCUACAACUAAUAUCAUACAAAUAAAAAUGUAUUAAUAUUUGAAGCAUGUGGGCAGCAUGGUCAAGGAGGAUGCGGUGUUUUGCAGUGAACAAAAAUUUGGUGCCACAUAUAGUAGAUUAUGGAGUAGUUAGCCCGAAACUCACCAUAUUAACCUUUAAAGUGAGAUAGGGUGACUUUUUUAAAUGCACAAGCGCCAACUAAAGAUAAUGAAGAUGAUGUUAAAGAUAGUUUUUACAUCUUACUAAAAAAAUACCCUGAACAGGAUUCCGUCCAAUUGUAUACAAGUAAUC